AGCGCGCUUGAGGCGCGCCUAGGCACAAGGCGCAGUGAGGCGAUGAGUUUGGCGCCUCAUACUAGGUGGGGCAAGGCGACCUGCAAAAGGCGACCCCAAGCGAGACGAGGUGCAGUGAAGCGCGAGGCAUAGUGAGGUGCGCCUUGUGUUUUUUUAAGCCAUUUAAACGAGAGAAAUAGCCCAAGCCAGACUCGUAUCUAUCAUUCGACUCAAACGAAUAGAGCCCUAGCCCCUUUUGACCCUUCGAAGCCCUUCGUGAGUUCGUUUGCGAGCCUUUGAACCAGCCGGAAGCCUUCGCGACUUUGUCUUUGAGCUUCGACCAUGAUCGUGAGUUCAUCUUCAACAUUUUGAAGAAGCACGACCUGCGCAACUUCGUUUCGAACCAGUCGGAGCCCUCGCGAGUUCUUCUGCCUGCCUUCGAAGCAGUCGUGAGUUCGUCUGACUGCCUUCGAGCACGACAUGAGUUCGUCACGUCGCCUUCAACAUUUUGAACCAGCUGGAGAUCGUCUUUAAGCCUUCGAACCUUUGUAAGUCUUCUUCUUCUUCUUCUUCUUCUGCUUGCAUCCUGUUGCCUGCUGCUUCUCUUCUUCUUCUUCUGCUGCUACUGCUGUUGCUGCUGCUGCUUGCAUCCUGCUGCCUGCUGCUUCUCUUCUCUUCUUCUUCUUCUUCUUCUUCUUCUUCUUCUUCCUACUGCAUGCGUGCUGCUGACUGCUGACUGCUGCCUGCUCUUUUUCUUCUUCUUCUUCUUCUUCUUUAUAUGUAAGCUUACUGUUUUUUAAUUUAUAAUAUUGUUUAAUUAAUGUAAGCUUAUAAAUUAUAACUAAUAACGUAAUAUUUAUUUUUUUUUUAUAGAAAUUUAGCUACUAUUUUUUAAUUUAUAAUAUUAAGUUUAAUUAAUGUAAGCUUACAAAUUAUAACUAAUACAUAAUAUUUAUUUUUUUUACAGAAAUUUAGCUACUGUUUUGUUAAUUUAUAAUAUUUAGUUUAAUUAAUGUAAGUUUAUAAAUUAUAACUAAUACAUAAUAUUUAUUCUUUUUAUUGAAAUUUAGCUACUGUUUUUUAAUUUGUUCGGAAAUGCAUUAUGUAAGUCUUAAAUUUUAAAUAUAUGAUGCAUUGUUUUUUCAGUUAGGAUACGGGAUACCAAGUCUAAAAUCUUAAAUGGAUUCUAGUUCUGGAUGUGAGGCCUCGGCAAAGAAAGAUCCCGCAUGGAAGUAUGCACAUUUGGAGGAUAAAAAAAAUAGAAAUAAUUUGACUUGCAAUUUUUGUGCUAAAGUCACAAGGGGAGGAAUAUUUCGGGCAAAACAACACAUUGUCGGAGGAUUUCGAAAUGUGAAAGAAUGCUCUAAGUGCCCUGCUCAUGUACGUGAGGAGAUUAAAGAGUAUAUGUUGAAGAAAGAUAUGGAAAAGGAGGAAAAUGAGUUAUUGCCCGACUUUGAUGAUAUAAAUCAUUACGGUGAAGAUGAAGAAGAUGAAGUUCAAGAAAUUGACAUUCGUGGCAAGAGAGUGUUUACUAGUGAUAGAAGUAAAAGAUUAUACCAAUCCAACUUGAAGAAACCAAAACAGAAGGGGCCUAUAGACUUGGUUUUUACUCCCGAUCCAAAGAAAGCGGUUCAAGUUAGGAAAGAAGGGAAGAUGAAGCAAACAUCAAUAAAUGAAGCGUGGAAGAAAGAACUAAGAAAAAAGCCAAUAGGAGAUUUUGCUAGGUGGGUGUAUGAUGCUGGGAUACCAUUUAAUGCUGUACGUUUGAGUAGCUUUGCAGUGACACUUGAAUCGAUUGGACAAUAUGGUCCUGGAAUAAAGCCACUUAGCUGUCAUGAAGUGAGAGUUCCUUACCUAAAGGAGGAAGUUAGUCAAAUGAAAGAGUUGUUAAAGGUCCAUAAGGAGGAAUGGACAAAAUAUGGCUGCUCAAUUAUGUCUGAUGGUUGGAGAGAUUUAGUUGCUAAUAAGGACAUAAUCAACUUUUUAGUGAACUCUCCAAGGGGAUCAGUAUUCAUCAAGUCUAUUGAUGCUUUUAAUAUUGUCGAGAAUGCAGAUAGAAUGUAUAGAUUACUUGAUGAGAUGGUCGAGGAAAUUGGAGAAUCAAAUGUGAUUCAAGUGGUAACUGACAAUGUGUCAAACUAUGUUGCAACAGGGAGAUUGUUGGAAGCAAAGAGGCCACAUUUAUAUUGGACACCGUGUGCUGCUCAUUGCAUUGAUUUAAUUUUGGAGGAUAUUGGGAAGAUGCCUUCAAUUUAUGCAACUUUGAAAAGGGCAAUUUUUUUGAAUGGCUAUAUCUAUAAUCGUGUUGGUGUUGUCAACUUGAUGAGACAGUUCACUGGAGGAAAGGAGUUACUAAGACCUGCAGUUACAAGAUUUGCAACUGCCUUCAUCACCCUUCGUUCAAUCCAUCUUCAAAAGAACAACUUGAGGAAGAUGUUUACUUUUGAAGAUUGGAAUACUACUAAAUGGGCAAAGGAGGCGGCUGGCAAAAGAGCAGCUACUAUUGUUUUGAUGCCUACUUUUUGGAGUACCAUCGUCUAUGCUCUUAAGUUAACAGGUCCACUUGUUCGUGUACUCCGUUUGGUUGAUGGGGAAAAGAAGCCUGCAAUGGGAUACAUUUAUGAAGCAAUGGAUAGGGCUAAGGAAGCCAUAGCUAAGGCUUUUGUUGAGAGAGAGGAUAAAUUCAAGGAGGCAUUUGAAAUUAUUGAUACGAGGUGGGGAUGCCAACUCCAUCAACCGUUGCAUGCAGCUGCACACUACUUGAAUCCAGAAAUUUUCUAUUCAAACCCCAACAUUUUGCAAGAUGAAGAAAUUAUGACGGGUUUGUACAAAUGUAUUGGAAGGUUACUGCCAACUAUUGAAAUGCAAGAUAAAGUUUCAAAUGAGUUGGAAAAAUACAAUGCUGCUAGUGGCGUCUUUGGAGUUAGUUUGGCAGUGAGACAAAGGAAGACAAAAGCACCAGCACAAUGGUGGAUGGCAUAUGGAUCAACAACUCCAAACUUGCAAAAGUUUGCUGUGAAAAUUCUUAGCCUCACGUCUAGUGCUACCAGCUGCGAAAGAAAUUGGAGCAUAUUCCAACAUCUUCAUAGCAAAAGGAGAAACAGGCUAUCCCAGCAACGCUUGAAUGAUUUGGUAUUUGUGAAAUAUAAUCGAACUUUGAGGCGUCAAUACGACAAACGUGACACCAUUGAUCCCAUCCUCCUAAAGGACAUUGAUGAUAGUAAUGAGUGGUUGAUUGGUAGGAUGGAUGGUGAUUCUGAUGAGGAUGAUGAACUUGUGUUUGAAGAUGAUAAUUUGACUUGGGAUUCUGUUGCUAGAGCUGCUGGACUAAAUAACCCCCCGCAUCACACUAGAUCAAGAAUAAGUACAAAUAUGCCAUCAUCAUCUAAAGGAAGAGGAGGCUUCAUCUAGUAGUGCAACCAGUGCUAGGGGUCGGACCACAAUGUUGGAACUUGUAGAUGAGGAUGAAAUCCAAGUGGAUAGUGCAGAGGAGACGGAAGAGGAAAAAGAUGUUGGAGAAAACAGUUCUGAUGAUGAAGAGGAAGAUGAUGAUAUCUUCACCGACUUAGUUGAUGAUGAGUGAUGAGUGAUGAUUGAGGAGGAUUUUUAGAUUUUAUAUUUUGAAAUCUUUUAUUGUACUCUUUUCUUUUGAUGUUGAACUAUGUUGAAUUGUUGAUACUUUUGGGCUUCGUCUUGGCAAUUUUAUUAAAUUUCCAAUUUUUUUAUUGAA